AUGUCCGACUAUCCACAGAUAACUUGUCUCAGCUCUGAACAACACGAUGAUAAUAUCAGCAAUCACAUGCUGCAUUACUUGGGCUGCAUCAAAGUGGGAGAACGGGCAGGCUUCUUCGACGUAAACCAUCAGGUGUGGGCGAAAGAAUUGGAGCGCGAGCGGGACCGACUCAAAGUCAAUGAGCCACAAAAGGACCAGGAAGCGCGUGUGAAGAACCACGUUGAAGCGAAAAUGACCAAGUGGAAGAAACAAUGCGACCGGAAUAUGGAGCGGUUCGACCAUAUCCGAAAGGCGCUGGCUAGGUCCCCAGACGAGAGAUACAUCGUGCACAACUUCGAAGAGAGCCUAAUGAAGUGGAGAGCUUCAGCCGAAUACGGGGAUGGUGUCAAGCUCAUUGCACAGUCCGGACUCAAUCCUCUACCAUGUUACCUUUCAUCCAGGCCAAAUCAUUCUUCCACCCCGGCGUCGGAAUCAGUGAACCUGGGCGACGAAGACAACGCCAGAGCCAACACACCACAGGCUCAAACACCAAUUUCAGAGCCGCCGGAGGACGAUUAUAAUCCUGAAGAAGAUAUCAGCGUCCAUGUCAUCCUCUAUGAGGACUCAGAGAGCCUCCCCAAGGAAAACUUUGAGGCCAGAGGCCGAGAGACUCACGCUGAACCGCCGGCGAAAGCCUCGAAAGGUAAAAUGGAACUCGAGACAACGAACGUGGCGACUAUUCUGAAGCUCGGGGACAAGUAUGAGAAAUCGCCUAACCGGCUCUUAGAGCUGCGCUCAAAGGAUUCCCUUUCAUAUGUGCACUUUCCUGCGAACAACAUGAGCCGAGCACUUGAUCUGUACUACGGCCAGGAUCCUCCUAGCUUUGACGGCGUCAUCCACGAGCUGCAAGAGCCAUACAACACCAAGACCUACAUGAUGCUUAGGCCACAGUACUGGCGGGGACAAAUGCAUGGGUCUGCAGGCUCGGCGCCCCAUUCUCGCCAUAUGCGGCCCAUGUGCGAGGCCGUUUCUUCUGACACAGAAUUAUUGAGCCAAACACCAAGAAAUAUGGUAUUAUUCAUGCCGUAUCUUCACUGGGAGACUGACAGGUUGCGCAACAAAUUUGCGCUAGAAAUGGAAGUCCUUGCUGACCAAUGGUUCGAGAAUCGCCAACAAAAAGAACAAAAAAGGAGAGAGGAGCGCAUAAAAGCUAGAAAGGCCCUUCACCCCGAUCUUCGCCCGAGCCUUGCACCAAAGAUUCAGCCCAAAAGGAACCAACUCAUAGAGUCGGUCCUCCCAGAUCCAAAUCCUGUCCUUGUUAAACAGGGACUCCGAAUCGAAAAGAAUGGGCGGGUCAUUCUAUCAACAACGAACCCGAAGAGAGAGUUAGGCCAGUUCCUUGUGGAUGCUGCUAGGCUCUACGAGGCUAUGUCAACUUUUCGGGACAGGAGACUGUUGAAGAAUUACUUGAAUUGGGACCCUCCACUUCAUCCCAGGCGGACCCUCGACCAGGCCUACUACUGGACCUUGAACACCACCAAGAGUCGCGACCGUGACCAGGUCGUGUAUCGUGCAACGACAGCAAAGUCAAAAGACUUCCACCAAUUCGACAAUGGAGGUUGGCCUGACCAUCAGGAUCUAUAUGAAAGUCCUUGCCGCAGCUGCACGGCAGGGAUCCAAAAGGUCUCUCGUGUGAUGAUGGUUGACCAACUUUGGAUGUGGGUAUUGGACGAGAAGACGCUCAUAACUUCCUUCCCGAAAAGAUACGGCACUCAGAAGUACGAUUACUCCGGUGUACACAAAGCAAUCCGCACAAAGCUUGACAGAGCUCGUCCCAACCAAAUCCGGUCAGUGUUCGAUUUGGGACUCCUGGUUAUUGACGAAUGCUCCAAUACAUUCUUCGAUCGUGCGCGGAAGAGUGAUCGGCAACCACAGGUCAUUGACCAGUUCUCAGAGGCAAUCGGUAAUGUGUCGAGAAAGGAGACAAUUGCCUAUGACAAGCUUUAUAAGUGGACAGAUAACGCUAACCUUAUCUACCGACGGCCGGGAAACAGUGAGAUGUCAGAACUUCACGUGCCAUUGCUCGACAUCAACCCGGAGGCUGCCUUACACAGAGAGAUCGAGGACAUCAAAGAAGAGCUCGACAUUAUGAUCUACGUUGUUAGAUCACAUCUUUUCGUCUUGGAAAGCUUCAUAACUCAUGUAAAACACAUGCUAGACGUUUACAUUUCGGACGAUAUAUGGGGAGUACUAUCGGAAGCCAUAUCGGGGGCAAGCGCAGAUACGGCGAGGGGGCAGAUGCCCUCUCCCAGCCAAAAUACAACGUCGCCGACGCCUAACGCCAGGCAAGCCCCUCAGCCUACCGUGUAUAACGAUCCAGAAGCAAGGAAGCAAAUCUUUCGUUUCUUCGAACUGAAUGCCAAAGAGGUGCAAACGAAGAUCAAGUGGCGUAUCAAAGAGCUGGAGCAAUUGCGGGAUAGUGCCCUGAGUACUUGCGAAGGCGUGAAGGGACUUCUUGCCCUGAAGCAACAGCAAGCUGGUGUGGUCCAGGCCUGGAUGUCUCUGAAGCAGUCCGAGGAAACCGUCAAACAAGGGCGAUCAAUCAUGCUGUUCACUGUUGUGACAAUCGUGUUCCUCCCAUUGACCUUCACAGCCGCCAUCUUCGGGAUGAAUGCACUUGAACUCGGAUCCAAUGGGAUCCCCGUCUCCAUCUUCAUCAUCGUUAUCACCCUCGCGAUCGCCUUCAGCACGUGGAUCAGGACGUUUCUGUGGUCGAUCUGGCAUGUUGUCGCGUGUGCCAUCGUCACGAAAACACCGAUAUAUGGAAAGUGGUUGGAUAUAGGACUUACUAGUGACAGCGUCCAGGAACACGCCGUAUCCGUGACGCGCAAGUUGAAAAAGCAGGUGAGAGACGCCCGACGUGACCGCCGUCUGGAGGAGCGUGGCAGACACAAAGCGAAGGCUAGGGGUCCAGAAGGGGCAUCAAGCGAUGUAUCUGGGGAGGAUCCUAGUGUUAGGUCUGAACACUCCAAAGGCAACACAACAGCAGAAGCAACUCAGGACGGCACUGCGGAUGAAGAAACGACGAGGCAUCGAUCGUGGUGGCGAUGCAGAAGUUUGAACAGGACAGCAGACAUCCGUCUUGAUGCGCUGUCCCCCAAUGGGGUUCCCUCUGGUCAACGACGUACUGCGGCUACAACAGCAACAGCAGCGGAACAGGCCGUCGUCUAGACUCGGCCUUGACGCCCGCCUUCGGCUCCCCACAGUGGUCGCAACUCUGCCCCUC